GGAUGUAAUCCUCUUGCUGAGACUGGACGGAGCAAACUACAGAACCAGAGAGCUGUUCUAAACCAACAGAUCUUAAGAGCAGUAAGAAUGAGAGCUGGUGCUGAAAAUCUCUUAAGAGCAACCACCAACAACAAAGUACGGGAGCAGGUCCUGCUGGAGCUGAGCUUUGUGAACUCAGACCUGCAGAUCUUGAAGGAGGAACUGGAAGGACUUAACAUCUCAGUAGAAGUUUAUCAAAAUGCAGAAGAGACUUUCAGUAUUCCCUUGGUACCUCUUGGUCUGAAGGAAACCAAGGAAGUAGACUUUACACUCCCCCUCAAGGAUUUUAUUCUGGAACAUUAUAGUGAAGACAGUUCUGAGUAUGAAGAUGAAAUAGCAGAUCUCAUGGAUCUGAGACAAGCCUGCCGCACUCCCAGCCGAGACGAAGCUGGCAUUGAGAUGUUGAUAAGCUAUUUCCUGCAGCUUGGUUAUGUAGAAAACAGAUUUUUCCCACCCACCAGGCACAUGGGAGUUCUAUUUACAUGGUAUGAUUCCUUCACGGGUGUCCCGGUGUGUCAGCAGAAUCUGCUGCUUGAGAAAGCAAGUAUUUUGUUCAACAUUGGAGCUCUCUACACCCAGAUUGGGACAAGGAGCAAUCGGCAGACCCAGGCUGGGCUCGAAAACGCCGCUGAUGCUUUUCAGAAAGCUGCAGGAGUCCUAAGCUACUUAAAGGAGACCUUCACUCACACCCCGAGCUACGACAUGAGCCCAGCCAUGCUGAACGUGCUGGUGAAGAUGAUGCUUGCACAAGCUCGAGAGUGUGUGUUUGAGCAGAUUGGGCUGACUGGAAUCCGCAACGAGUUUUUCACCCUAGUGAAAAUGACACAGGAAGUUGCCAAGGUGGGAGAGGUUUACAUGCUGGUUAACACUGCAAUGAACCAGGAGCCAGUGAAAGAGAAUAUUCCCUACUCCUGGUCUAAGCUGGCACAAAUAAAGUCUGACCAUUACAAAGCUCUGGCACAUUACUUCAUUGCCACCAUUCUGUGUGACCAUGAACUGCAGCCUGGUGAUGAUGAAGACCAGCAGGAGAAAGCCUUGUCCCAGCUGUACGACCACCUGCCCGAGGGACUGAUGGUUCUCGCUGUUUUGAAGGACAAAGUUCAGAGAAAACAAUUAGGGAAGGCACACUUACGCUCGGCCGUCGUGCACCACGAGGAGGCUCUGAGGGUCUGUGGGCUGUGCAAAAAGCUUCGGAACAUCGAUGUCCUGCAGGAGGUCCUGACAGCUGCUCAUAAGCGUUCACUUCUCAAGUAUGCUCAGCAGGAGACAGAAGAUGAUUUUCUCAGUCUGAUCCAGGCUCCAGAUAUCCUCCCCAAGACAGAGCAUAAAAUAGAAACAAUUGCUCCUCAGUUUUCCAAGGUGAAAGUUAAAGACUUCUUUCACAAACUGGGCCCCCUGGCAGUGUUCUCAGCCAAGCAGAGAUGGACAGCUCCACGCACCGUCCGCAUCGGCCGCGGCGCAGGAGAGCUCGGCUUCGGUCUCAGAGGAGGUUCACCGGUGCAGAUUUGUGGGCUUGACCCAGUUUGCCCUGCAGCAUCAGUGGGCCUAAAAGAAGGUGACUACGUUGUUUCAGUUGGUGGUGUGGAUUGCAAGUGGCUUGGAGUGAAUGAGGUGCUGGAGAAACUGAAGAGCGAGGGAGAGCAGCCCGUGGAGAUGGAGGUUAUCAGCUGCCAGGACACAGCAGCAUCCUUGCACAGCAAGUGUGCAACUUACUCUGCUGGAAUGCAGAAGACAUACUCCUUAAUCUGUUUAGCCAUGGACGAGGAUAAGACUGAUCAGACCAAGAAAGCCCCACUGAAACUGCCUUUUCUGAGCUGGGGAACUAAGAACAGACAGAAAGCUGCAAGCACCCUCUGCCUUCCAGCAGCUGUGAGUGGAAGUUCUCAGACUAAGAAGAAGCUUUCGCCUUUCACAAUUCUGCACACAGAAAGUUCAUUGUACUGA